AAUAAAAAGGAGACGAGGAAAAAUUUCCACUGACAUAACAAUUAGUUAUUUAUUGUCACUCACAACUUGUUUACUUAAUUGUGAUGAAGUUAAUACAGUUAAUUAGCUUAUUUUGUUUAAUAACAAAUUCGCUCACUUGUUUAGUGAAAACUUUUGACAAUACAAACAGUUUCGUUUGCGUUUGUAACGAUCAAUAUUGUGACAAACUACCAACGGGACCUUAUUCAUCCCCUGAGGCGUUGACUAUCUUUAAAUCUGAUUCAUCAUAUGCUCGUUUCACCAAAUCAGUUAUUCCAGAUUCCGAUCUUUUCAAUGAUAAUGAAGACGUUCAAUCAACUGCCGAUCUUUAUGUUACAAUCAAUGUAACUCAUAAGUUACAAUCAAUCACCGGUUUUGGUGGUGCUUUUACUGAUUCUACUGGUAUCAAUAUAAAUAAACUCAGUUCUGACCUUCGGGAUCAGUUGAUUACCGAUUACUUUGGUGCUAAUGGUGCUCAGUAUAACCUUGGUAGAGUUCCGAUUGGUGGUUCUGAUUUCUCAGAUCGUCCAUAUUCAUACGAUGAUGUUGUCGAUGAUUUCGAGCUGGAACAUUUCGCUCUUGCCUCUGAUGAUUUCAAUUACAAGAUUCCUUACAUCAAGAAAGCUAAAUCAUUGAAUGGGAACCUUAAACUAUUCGGAUCACCUUGGGCUCCUCCUAAAUGGCUCAAGACCAAUAAUGCUUCAGAAGGACUGGGCAUCUUAAUUGGUGAACCAGGAAGUUUACACUGGAAAACAUGGGCUAAUUAUUUUGUCAAAUUUUUUGAAGCUUAUAAAGAAAAUGGUGUUGAAUUUUGGGGGUUAACUCCACAAAACGAGCCGCUAACUGGGCUCAGUCCUAAUUACGCUUGGAAUACAUUAGGAUUUUCAUCAGCGAUGAUGAGAGAUUUUAUUAAAAAAGAUCUUGGCCCAGCUCUGAAAGCCGCUGGCUAUGGUCCAGAUGUAAUUAAAGUCAUGAUUUAUGACCACAAUAACGAUGAGAUAUUGAAUUUUGUCCGAGGUGUCCUUUCAGAUAAAGAAGCGGCGAGUUAUGUUGCCGGAAUAGCCUAUCAUUGGUACACUUUAACUGACUAUCAUGAUGAAUUGAAUAAAGUUCACGAAAAUUGGCCAGAUUAUUUCCUAAUUUCGACUGAGGCCUGUGAAGGAUGGGUUCGAGGUCGUGAAGAUAAUAAAGUUACUCUUGGUAAUUGGACUCGAGCUGAAACUUAUGCUUUCGAUAUAAUCGACGGCUUAAACCGAUGGUCGACUGGUUGGGUUGAUUGGAAUCUUGUUCUCGAUCCAAACGGUUUACCUAAUUGGGCCAAAAAUCCAGUUGAUGCUCCGAUAAUUGUCUCAGCUGAUGGAAGUGAAUAUUAUAAACAACCAAUGUUUUACUCGUUGGCUCAUUUCAGUAAAUUCUUGCAGCCAGAGUCAAGGAGAGUUUUUCACUCAGUCGAUAGUAAAGACAAAUCAAUCCUGGAUAAAGUUAGAUUAACUACUUUUGUUAAUCCAUCUAAUGAAUUUGUUUCAAUCAUUGUAAAUGCAAAUGAAUCUCCAAUCAAAAUAUCUUUCCAAGGUGUUGAUGAUUCAAGGAAAUUUACUCUUGGAAUCGGUGGACGUUCAAUGCAAACAAUAAUCAAACCUUUGUGAAUAUAAAAACUACCAAGAUAAUAAUCAAUCCUUAAACAAUCAAUUAGCACCAGUUAAUUGUUUGUCCUAAUUGUAUCAAUUAUUUCGAUUCGAUAUUCAAAUCAUGCAGAUACAAUAAAAGGUACUAAAAAUUAA